AUGGAUGCUCAAAAGAAGGAGGACUUGCUACAACGGAAUCGAGACUACAAGAUGCAUAGAGCAAUGACAGAUGAUAAUUUGCCUAGGCCACGACACAACCAUGUACAAGGUGAAACCAAUGAAGAUGAAUUUGACCGUGAAUUAUUCGAACCUACAAAUAUUGUUGAAGACGGUCCUAAUUAUGAGUCAUAUUGCAUGCUUGUAGAGGGUGCGGCUGCACAUAGUGUGACGGAUGAUCCAUAUGAAUUCAUCUACCAGAACCUACCACAAAGACAUAGGUUGAGAAAUGUCCCUGACUGCCAUUACUGUGGUGCCAUGAGGUUUCAAUAUGAGCCACCCGGGUUUUGUUGUAGAAAAGGAAAAAUAAAAAUACAUAUACCGGAGGUUCCUGCAGAGCUAAAAAGGUUGUUUACAAGUCAAGUGCAUGAUGAUGCAAAAUAUUUCAGGCAACAUAUACUAUAUCUCAACUCGCAUUUCGCAUUUGCAAGCCUAGGGGUUACCCUUGACCGCAGAUAUAACACUCUAGUAGGGACCGAUAUUUAUACAUUUCGAGUUCAUGGUGGGUUGUACCAUCGUCUAGAUCACCUGGUGCCAGGUGGCCACGGCCCUCGGCAUCUACAGCUCUACUUUUAUGAUACAGAAGAUGAGGCCUUGUCACAUAGAGUCAAAAGGUCCCCCGAUCUUGAUAUCAACCUCAUCCAAAAUAUCCUUAUAAUUUUGCAGGAUAACCCAUAUGUUCAUACUUUUAGGAGAAAUGGUACUUUUCCAAACUUGGAUGACCACCGGAUUGAACUCAAUACAAAUGUCACGCCUGAUCAGAGAAGGUACAAUGCCCCAACGGUAGCCCAAGUUGCUGCUAUAUGGAUGGAGGGGAACGAUCCACAGAGAUGUUUUGAUAGGAGUGUGGUUGUAUAUGGAAGGACGGAUUGUCGUCCGCAAUGUAUCUAA